AGCACAGAGCCACAGAAUGCUGAGCAGUCAACAGCAUUUCUUGUUCCAAGAUCACCCUUCUGAGUACCUCUUUGGCUGCCAAAUUGCCAGGGCCUUCAUAGUUUGAUUCCAUUUCUCAGCUCCAAGCGUUGGGUAAACCCACCACGCUGGGAUUGCACCAGUCCUGUGAUGGCGUUUGACGUCAGCUGCUUCUUUUGGGUGGUGCUGUUUUCUGCCGGCUGUAAAGUCAUCACCUCCUUGGAUCAGAUGUGCAUUGAGAAAGAAGCCAACAAAACAUAUAACUGUGAAAAUUUAGGUCUCAGUGAAAUCCCUGACACUCUACCAAACACAACAGAAUUUUUGGAAUUCAGCUUUAAUUUUUUGCCUACAAUUCACAAUGGAACCUUCAGCAGACUCAUGAAUCUUACCUUUUUGGAUUUAACUAGGUGCCAGAUUAAUUGGAUACAUGAAGACACUUUUCAAAGCCAUCAUCAAUUGAACACACUUGUGUUAACUGGAAAUCCCUUGAUAUUCAUGGCAGAAACAUCGCUUAAUGGGCCCAAGUCACUGAAGCAUCUUUUCUUAAUCCAAACGGGAAUAUCCAAUCUCGAGUUUAUUCCAGUGCACAAUCUGGAAAACUUGGAAAGCUUGUAUCUUGGAAGCAACCAUAUUUCCUCCAUUAAGUUCCCCAAAGACUUCCCAGCACGGAAUCUGAAAGUACUGGAUUUUCAGAAUAAUGCUAUACACUACCUCUCUAGAGAAGACAUGAGGUCUCUGGAGCAGGCCACCAACUUAAGCCUGAACUUCAAUGGCAAUGAUGUUAAAGGUAUUGAGCUUGGGGCUUUUGGUUCAAUAGUCUUCCAAAGUUUGAACUUUGGAGGGACUCUAAAUUUGUCUGUUAUAUUCAAUGGUCUGCAGAACUCUACUACUCAGUCUCUCUGGCUGGGAACAUUUGAGGACAUUGAUGACGAAGACAUUAGUUCAGCCACGCUCAAGGGACUCUGUGAAAUGUCUGUUGAGAGCCUCAACCUGCAGAAACACCACUUCUCUGACUUCUCAUCCACCACAUUUCAGUGCUUCACCCAAAUCCAGGAAUUGGAUCUGACAGCAACUCACUUGGCAGGGUUACCCUCUGGGAUUAAGGGUCUGAACUUGCUCAAGAAAUUAGUUCUUAGUGUAAAUCAUUUUGACCAAUUGUGUCAAAUCAGUGCUGCCAAUUUCCCCUCCCUUACACACCUCUACGUCAGAGGCAACGUGAAGAAACUUCACCUUGGUGUUGGCUGUUUGGAGAAACUAGGAAACCUUCAGACACUUGAUUUAAGCCAUAAUGACAUAGAGGCUUCUGACUGCUGCAAUCUGCAACUCAGAAACCUGUCCCACUUGCAAACCUUAAACCUGAGCCACAAUGAGCUUCUUGGUCUCCAGAGUCAGGCAUUCAAAGAAUGUCCUCGGCUAGAACUCCUGGAUUUGGCGUUUACCCGCUUACACAUUAAUGCUCCACAAAGUCCCUUCCAAAACCUCCAUUUCCUGCAGGUUCUGAAUCUCACUUACUGCUUCCUUGAUACCAGCAAUCAGCAUCUUCUAGCAGGCCUACCAGAUCUCCGGCAUCUCAACUUAAAAGGCAAUCACUUUCAAGAUGGGACUAUCAUGAAGACCAACCUACUUCAGACCGUGGGCAGCUUGGAGAUUCUGAUUUUAUCCUCCUGUGGUCUCCUCUCUAUAGACCAGCAAGCAUUCCACGGCUUGGGAAAAAUGAGCCAUGUAGACUUAAGCCACAACAGCCUGACAUGUGACAGCAUUGCUUCUGUUAGUCAUUUUAAGGGAAUUUACCUCAAUCUGGCCGCCAACAGCAUUAACAUCAUCCCACCCCAUCUCCUCCCCAUCUUGUCCCAGCAGAGCACCAUUAAUUUCAGUCACAAUCCCCUGGACUGCACUUGCUCGAAUAUUCAUUUCUUAACAUGGUACAAAGAAAACCUGCACAAACUUGAAGGCUCGGAGGAGACCACGUGUGCAAACCCGCCGUCUCUAAGGGGAGUUAAGCUAUCUGAUGUCAAGCUGUCCUGUGGGAUUACAGCCAUAGGCGUUUUCUUUCUCACAGUAUUUUUAUUAUUGUUCACCAUUCUGCUCUUUUUUGCAGUUAAAAACCUUCUCAGGUGUAAAUACCGACACAUUUAGUGCUGAAGGCUUCCAGAGAAAGCAAAUAAAUGUGCUUAGCAAAAUUGCUGUAAGUGAAGGAACUGUCAUCUGCUGGUGACCAGACCAGAAUUUUCAGAUUGGUCCUGGAGCUGGGCAGGGACUCACUGUGCUUUUCUGAGCUUCUUACUCCUGUGAGUUCCAGAGCUAAAUAACCUUCUAGGCAAGUACACCGAACCGACUCAGGCCAGAGGGCCAGAUGCUGCUGUGAGAGGCACAGAACCCUUUCCGCAUGUGGAAGAGUGGGAGGAAGCAGCGGGAGGGGCUGGGCAAGGACUGCCAGCUCCAGAGUCACCCACAGGGAGGCCGUUCCCGUUCUACUCACCGACAUCCCUCCCAGCACCCCACACCCCUCCCCUGAAAGGAGAUCAUCAGCCCCCACAAUUUGGCAGAACUGAAGCCAGCCCGCUACCCACCCCAGCCACAGCAUUGUGCUUGGGUCUGGGUUCUCAGUCAUGUAGCCAUUUGGGAAACCUAGUUGGGGACAAAGUCUCAAUGCUUAUUUUAAAUGAAAAAAGAAAAGCAUAAUGAAUUUAACAGAAAAGGCUGAGAAAUGAAACUUGGUAUCAAAUAGACUCCAUUAAUCUUCUUAAUCCUUAAGGUCUCUGUAAUGCCCCUAGGGUGUGAAUGGCUAUAAAGAAAAGAACCCAUCCCCAAGCUUUAGAAUUUCUUCCAUGUUUGUCUCACUCAGUUCAGAAACCAGGCAGGCUCUCUCUGCCUAUCUGGUGUUCUGGCUCUUACGUUACAGAUCCUAACUUGCAGGUGGGCUGUGAUCCAAAAUGCUCUUCUCAUCUGGUUCUUAGAAGCCUCUUUCCCAGAAGAUCUGUGAAAUAAAUAGUGGUUUGGUUCUCAGACUA